AUGGCCUCCCCCAAGUACAGUCACCACUUCUCUGUCAAUAACCUCCCGUACGGGGUUGCCUCGUCGCCAACCCAGCCCCGACAGUGUGCCACUCGUCUCGCCAACACCGUCAUCUUCCUCGGUGCCCUCCAGCAAUCAGGGCUUUUUGACAAAAUAGACGCUCUAUCGAAUGAUAUAUUCUCCAACGAGACCCUAAACGAGUUCGCCGCCCUACCGAAGCACACCCAUACCGCGGUCCGCGCCCGUCUACAAGCCACCCUCCGCGACCCAGGCCUGGAUGCCAUCCCAGCAAACGCAAAAGCAGAUAUAACAGCCGUGCAAAUACACCUCCCGAUCUCAAUACCCGGGUUCACAGACUUCUCCAACUCCCUCAACCACGUCCAAAACGCCGGCCGCGCAAUCCUCAACGACCCCUCGCCGCCCCCAGGCUUCUUCCACUUCCCAAUCGGAUAUACGGGGCGGGCAUCGACGGUCGUUGUAUCUGGUACCCCAAUCAUCAGACCCUCCGGACACUUCUAUGAUCGGACGAACCCGGCUCCCAAGACGGUAAUCCAUGGACCCUCGCGCGCGCUGGACUAUGAGAUGGAACUAGGUGUGGUUAUUGGAAAGUCACAUGAAUGGGGGUCGGGGAAGGGAUUGAAUGCAAAAGACGCCGAGGAAUAUGUCUUCGGGUUUGUGAUUGUGAAUGACUGGAGCGCCCGGGAUAUCCAAGGCCUCGAGAUGAUUCCGCUAGGUCCAUUGAAUGGAAAGGCCUUUGGGACAUCGAUCUCCCCCUGGAUCGUUACGACUGAUGCACUGGCACCGUUCAGAGCCUCUGCGCCGGAACCGCGUGUUCCUAUUGCAGGGCAUUUGCAGGAUGAGAACGAGGGCAAUUAUGAUAUUGUUAUGGAUGUUGAGAUCCUACACAGACCAACAACUGCAACUGCAGACUCGGGUCUGACUACCGACGGAGACAAGUAUGUCUCGCAUAUUGCCACCGGGCCGGCGAGGGAGCUAUUCUGGAGUCACCGGCAGAUGGUGGCCCAUCUUACGAGUACGGGAUGUGACUUGCGUACAGGAGACCUCCUUGGAACAGGGACGGUCAGUGGGUCUGUAGAUGGGUCGCAUGGGUGUCUGUUGGAGAGUACGAAAGGGGGCAGGGAGAAGGUCAAGCUCGCUGAUGGGAACGAGAGGGUAUAUUUGCUUGACGGGGAUAUAGUAAGGAUGAGCGCUGUACUCGGUGACGAGUCGUCUGGGGUUGGAUUUGGGGAGUGUAUUGGCGAAGUCCUGCCAGCUAGGGUUGAUUGA